UUCAGCUAUAACAAGGUAUAUGCUACGGGGUUCAAUGAGUUCAAUGCCUGUUAACAUUCUUCUCCUUUCCUUGCUCCUUGUAGUAAGUGUUAGUCUUUGCUUCAGCUAUGGAAGCUUUACUCAGGGUUGCAGCCAGAUUGAGAGAGAUGCCCUUUUAAAGUUCAAGCAUGAUCUCAAAGAUCCUUCAAACCGUCUUGCUUCUUGGGCUGGUUUUGGAGGUGAUUGUUGCGCUUGGCGUGGAGUCAUUUGUGACAAUGUAACUGGCCAUGUCAUUGAGCUCCGUCUAAGAAGUAUUUCUUUCGAAGACUAUCUUGCUUCUUCUAGUGGUGCUUCCACUCAAUAUGAAGAUUAUCUGAAGUUAAUCUUGAGUGGUAGGAUCAAUCCUUCAUUGGUCAGCUUGAAGCAUUUGAGGUACUUAGACCUACGGAACAAUGACUUUGGAGGAGCUCAAAUUCCCAAAUUCAUUGGCUUGAUAGGGAGCUUGAAACACCUUGACCUUUCUGAUGCUGGGUUUGCAGGUAUGAUUCCUCACGAACUAGGAAAUCUCUCAGAUCUUCACUACCUUAAUCUCCAUGAUUAUUAUUCCCAGUUCAACGUUGAGAAUUUAAAUUGGCUCUCUCAACUUUCUUCACUAGAAUUUCUUGAUUUAAGUCUUGUGCAUCUUGGUAACGUUUUUAAUUGGUUAGAGGUGAUAAACACACUCCCUUCUUUGGUAGAAUUACGUUUGUCAUAUUGCCAACUUCCUCCCGUUCCCCCAAUUCUCUACGUUAACUUUUCAUCCCUUUCUAUUCUUGAUUUGUCAUCCAACUAUGUUGAUGAAUCUGCAAUUUCCAUGCUAAACUUUCCUAGAUGGGUUUCUCAUCUUAAAACUCUUCUUUCUCUUAACCUGGCAAAUAAUAAUUUUCAAGGUCCAAUCCCGAAUGUUCUUCAAAACUCGACGUUACUUAAGGCACUUGAUUUAUCUAUCAAUCACUUCAGUUCUUCUAUACCCGAAUGGUUGUAUGGUUUCAACCAGCUUAAGCUCCUCAAUCUUCGAUCCAACAACUUGCAGGGUGUUGUUUCAAGUGCCAUCGGAAACAUGACCUCCUUGAUUAGCCUUGACUUGUCAUUAAAUCAUGAGCUCAAAUUCGAAGGAGGAAUUCCGGGAUCAUUCAAAAAACUUUGCAAUUUGAGGACACUGUCCUUGUCAAACGUUAAACUGAACCAAGAUAUGGCUGAGGUCCUUGAAGUGCUGUUAGGAUGUGUUUCGGAAGAGGUUGAGUCAUUAGACUUGUCUGGUUGUCUAUUAUUUGGUCAGUUGACCAACCAUCUUGGGAAAUUUAGGAAUCUAGCUUACCUUGGUCUAAGGUCUAAUUCAAUUUUAGGUCCAAUUCCAAUGGCUUUAGGAGAAUUAGUGUCCUUAAGAAGUCUUCACCUCUCCGAUAAUAAGUUGAAUGGAACUCUUCCAAAAUCUUUUGGGGAGCUUACGAAGUUGGAAGAGAUGGAUAUUUCUCAUAAUUCAUUUCAGGGUGAAGUUUCUGAAGUUCACUUUGCAAACCUCAAAAAAUUGAGAAACUUUUCUGCUGCCGGAAACCAGCUGAAUUUGAGAGUAAGUCCUGAUUGGAUUCCUCCUCAACUUGUGUUCAUUGAUUUGAGAUCUUGGAAUGUUGGGCCUCAAUUCCCCAAGUGGGUUCGUCCACUUGAGCAUUUGUCCUAUUUGGAUAUCUUUAACUCGAGUAUUUCAAGUACUAUUCCUAUUUGGUUCUGGACCAUGUCAUUUCGAAUGGAGUAUUUAAAUCUCUCCCACAAUCAAAUCCAAGGAGUGAUUCCCAGUAAACUCAAGCUUGAUUUUACAGCUUCCUACCCUUUAGUCGACUUGAGCUCGAAUCAUUUCAAGGGUCCAUUACCAAGUAUAUUCUCUAAUGUGGGUGCAUUAGAUCUCUCCAACAAUUCAUUUUCAGGUUCCAUGCUCAACUUCUUAUGCCAUAAGAUAGAUGAGUUGAAGAAUGUGCAAGUUCUUAACCUCGGAGAGAAUCUUUUAUCUGGAGAGAUACCAGAUUGUUGGUCGAGCUGGCAAUAUUUGGUGGCGAUAAAAUUGAGCAACAACAAAUUCAGUGGCAACAUUCCUGAUUCCGUAGGAGCUUUGAGCUUGCUUGAGUCAUUGCACAUUCGCAACAGCAGCCUAUCAGUCGGAAGCAUGCCAGCGUGGAUUGGAAAGAGGUUCUCAAGCAUGGUUGUCCUCAACAUGCGAGCAAACAAGUUUCGUGGCCGCAUACCGAGAGAGCUAUGCAAUCUAGCUUCUUUACAAAUCCUGGACCUUGCUCAUAAUCGCCUCUCGUGGAGUAUACCAACUUGUUUCAAUAAACUCAGUGCCAUGGCUACAAGAAACGAUUCUCUUGGAAAGAUUUAUUUGGACAGUGGAUCGUCUACCUUUGACAAUGUGCUUCUUGUGAUGAAAGGAAAAGUUGUCGAGUACAGCACUAUUCUUAAAUUCGUAAGGAGCAUAGACCUUUCCAGCAAUGCUUUAUGUGGGGAGAUUCCUGAGGAAGUUACUCGUCUCGGUGAAUUACAAUCUUUGAAUCUAUCACAAAAUUCUUUGACAGGAAGAAUUCCUGAAGGCAUAGGUUCCAUUCGAUAUUUGGAAUCCAUGGAUUUUUCUGUAAACCAACUUUCUGGCGAAAUCCCUCAAAGCAUGUCAGAUCUGACCUUUCUAAGCCAUUUGAACUUAUCCGAUAAUAGACUACGGGGAAGAAUUCCUUCAGGUACUCAAUUACAAAGCUUUGGUCCAUCUAGUUUCAGUGGCAACGAGCUCUGUGGACCUCCACUCUCCAAGAAUUGCAGCGUGGAUAACAAGUUUCAUGUUGAGCAUGAAAGGGAAGAGGAUGGCAAUGGACUCAAGGGUAGGUGGUUCUAUGUGAGCAUGGUACUAGGUUUCAUUGUGGGAUUCUGGGGUGUAGUCGGUCCUUUAAUGUUUAAUAGACGGUGGAGAUACGUAUAUUAUCAUUUCUUGGACAGAUUGAGAGACCAAAUUUGGUGGCGUUUCAUGUAAUAAAUAACAUAUACGUAUAUAUGUAUGUAUCAACAAGUGUUUGUAGCGUAGACUAAGUAUGCGUGUGUUUUACCAUUUCAUGUAUUAUCUAGAUCAUAAAUCUUUUGUAAUUUUGUAAGCUUUUAUUUUACAUCAUAAAAGUUUAAGUCGAACGUGGUUUUUUUACCUCUAUAUUAAUUAGAGGGUUUUCCACGUAAAUAAAUAAAUGGUGUUUUUAUUUCACUAUUAUUAGAA